CUCAAAUUCUUAUAUCUUUCAAGGCUGCUCUGAUCAUCGAUCUUCACUUUACUUUUUGGCUGUUUUUAGGCACUAUUGUUAUGGAAAUCUCUCAAGAAUAUUCCGAUUAUCAGAUGGUGUUGGUGAAAGGAAAGCGUACUAAACGUCCGAGGGGGUUGUCGCCGGCUGACUCGAGCUGUUCUAGCGGCGGCGGGGAUGGCGGCGGCGGUGGUGGUGCUGUUUUCUAUUCCUCCUCCGCUCAAUCUCCGGCGACUUCCACUAGCCAGAUAUCCACCGAUGAGGAUGAGGACAUGGCGAAUUGUCUGAUUCUUUUGGCAAGCGGCGGCGGCGGCGGAUGCCGUCAAGUAGAGAGCGUUAGUGGCGGCCGGAAAGUCGACGAAAUGGGCGGCGGCGCCGCCAAGGGUGGCGGCGAUUUAUUCGUCUAUCAGUGCAAAACUUGUACCCGAACUUUCCCGUCGUUUCAAGCUCUUGGUGGGCAUAGAGCCAGCCACAAGAAACCUAAGAUCACGGCGGGAGACGAUCAGAAAAAAUCGCCGCCGCCGCCGCCUGCGGCGGCGCCGGCGGACCAUGAAAAACAAAGUUGGCCGCUUUCCGCCGCCGGGGUUUUCAGCAAUGGCGGCGGGAAGGCCAAGAUUCACGAGUGUUCGAUCUGCGGGUCGGAGUUCUCGUCGGGGCAAGCUCUGGGAGGUCACAUGAGAAGACACCGGCCGCCGCCUACUAUCAUUCCGACGAAGCUGCUCUCGGUGAGCAGCGACGGCGGAACGACCCACGUUUGUGAAUCAUCGGACGGUCGAGAGAAGGCGGCGCCGACAGGUGGCGUUUUCACGCUCGAUCUUAACCUGCCGGCUCCACUAGAAGAGGAUGAUGACGGUGAUCAAGAAACAAAGUUACAAAAUAAUCUUGCGUUUUCCACCCCGGCUUUGGUGGACUGUCAUUACUGAAACAGAUAAUACACAUAGUGAUAUUGAAUUAUUUGUUUUAAAUUUUAAUUGAUUGUUUGUGAUCCAUCACCCAACAUCAAAUUUAUCUUGAUUAUUAUUUGUUAUCAUUCUAAACUUAUUAUUAUUAUUAUUGAAA